CCGGCCCGGGACGGGGCGGGGCGGGAGCGGCGGUACCGACCCGGCCGCGGCCCCGCAGCCCCGCCAUGUUCAACGUGGAGAGCCUGGAGCGCGCCGAGCUGGGCGAGAGCCUCCUCACCUGGAUCCAGACGUUUAAUGUUGAGGCACCAUGCCAGACCGUGGAAGAUUUAACGAGUGGGGUUGUGAUGGCCCAGGUUCUUCAAAAAAUAGACCCUGCUUACUUCGAUGAAAAUUGGCUGAACAGAAUCAAAACAGAAGUAGGAGAUAAUUGGAGGCUGAAGGUAAGCAACCUGAAGAAAAUUUUGAAAGGAAUAUUGGAUUACAAUCAUGAGAUUCUGGGGCAACAGAUAAAUGACUUCACCCUUCCUGAUGUUAACCUGAUUGGAGAGCACGCUGAUGCUGCAGAGCUUGGGAGAAUGCUUCAGCUUAUUUUGGGAUGUGCUGUGAAUUGUGAACAGAAGCAAGAGUACAUCCAGACCAUAAUGAUGAUGGAAGAAUCAGUUCAACAUGUUGUCAUGACAGCCAUUCAGGAGUUGAUGAGUAAAGAGUCUCCAGUCUCUGUUGGAAAUGAUGCUUACGUUGACCUUGAUCGGCAGCUGAAGAAAACUACAGAAGAAUUAAAUGAGGCACUAGCAACAAAAGAAGAAAUUGCCCAGAGAUGUCACGAGUUAGAUAUGCAGGUUGCAGCUCUCCAAGAGGAGAAGAGCAGCCUGCUUGCUGAGAACCAGAUUUUGAUGGAACGCUUAAAUCAGUCUGAUUCUAUUGAAGAUCCCAACAGCCCUGCAGGUCGUAGGCACCUGCAGCUGCAGACACAACUAGAACAGCUCCAAGAGGAAACAUUCAGAUUAGAAGCUGCCAAAGAUGACUAUCGAAUACGCUGUGAAGAACUUGAAAAGGAAAUUGCAGAAUUGAGACAACAAACAGAAGAGCUUACUACACUGGCAGAAGAGGCUCAGUCUUUGAAGGAUGAGAUAGAUGUACUCAGGCAUUCUUCUGAUAAAGUAGCCAAGUUAGAAAGCCAGGUAGAGUCAUACAAAAAGAAAUUGGAAGAUCUGGGUGAUUUGCGGCGUCAAGUGAAGCUUUUAGAAGAGAAGAAUACAAUGUACAUGCAAAAUACUGUGAGCCUGGAGGAAGAAUUAAGGAAGGCCAAUGCAGCACGCAGUCAGCUGGAAACAUACAAGAGACAGGCAGUUGAACUACAAAACAGGUUAUCUGAAGAGUCCAAGAAAGCUGAUAAAUUAGAUUAUGAAUGCAAACGACUGAAAGAAAAAGUAGACAGCCUCCAAAAAGAAAAAGAUAGAUUAAGAACAGAAAGGGAUUCCUUGAAAGAAACUAUUGAAGAGCUUAGAUGUGUACAAGCUCAGGAGGGUCAACUCACCACUACAGGAUUGAUGCCUCUGGGAAGACAAGAGCCUUCCGACAGUUUAGCAGCAGAAAUCAUUACUCCUGAAAUAAAGGAGAAACUCAUUCGCCUUCAGCAUGAGAACAAGAUGUUAAAAUUGAACCAAGAAGGUUCUGACAAUGAAAAGAUUGCCUUGUUGCAGAGCCUUCUUGAUGAUGCAAACUUACGGAAGAAUGAACUGGAGACAGAAAACAGAUUGGUAAAUCAGAGACUUCUAGAAGUGCAGUCCCAGGUUGAAGAACUACAAAAAUCUUUACAGGAUCAAGGUUCAAAAGCUGAAGAUUCAAGUCUUCUGAAAAAGAAACUUGAAGAACAUCUUGAGAAGCUCCAUGAAGCUAACAAUGAGCUACAGAAGAAACGAGCUAUUAUUGAAGAUUUGGAACCAAGAUGCAAUAACAGUUCACUUAAAAUUGAAGAAUUACAAGAAGCUUUACGGAAGAAGGAGGAGGAAAUGAAACAAAUGGAAGAACGAUACAAAAAGUAUUUGGAAAAGGCCAAAAGUGUCAUCCGCACAUUAGAUCCUAAACAGAACCAGGGUGCUGCUCCUGAGAUUCAGGCGCUGAAAAAUCAGUUGCAGGAGCGGGACAGAAUGUUUCAUUCUCUGGAGAAAGAAUAUGAGAAAACAAAAAGUCAAAGAGAAAUGGAGGAAAAAUUUAUCGUUAGUGCCUGGUACAAUAUGGGGAUGACUCUGCACAAAAAAGCAGCAGAAGAUAGACUGGCUAGUACAGGCUCAGGACAGUCCUUCCUGGCUAGACAAAGGCAAGCCACGAGCACAAGGAGAUCUUACCCUGGUCAUGUUCAGCCAGCAACAGCAAGGUAGAGAAGCCUUGCCUUUAGAAAGAAAACUGCCCUGUGAUCCAGGCCACUUCUGUUGCAAGUGACAACAUUCAAGGAAAAUAAACCAGCAUCCUUUCUCUUUCUCCCUUGUUACUGCUAUUAUUUUACAGUUCAGGAAAGGGUUUUAUUAUGGUUUCUCAUUGUUCUGUAAUGCCCUUUGCUUAUAUUUUUGAAGUCCAUUUCUCUCUCUCUCUCUCUCUGCAUUUUUUGAAUGUGCCAAAAUUUUAAAACCAUCUAGAGGAGUGCUGUAUCAUAACAGUCUUAUUUGUAUGAAGCCUGGUCUCUUAUGAAAAGCCUUAUGUGGACCAUGUAACAAUGUAAAUUUCUUGUCACAGUUGGUACUUUUGUGCCAUAAGGGUUGCUAUGCUUUAUAUAAGACUGUUCUUGUUCAAAGGGAAUUAGGCUUUUUAUUUCAUGUGCUAACCCGUUGCUUCAGAAAAAUGCUGAAAUCUCAUUACAGAAAUGCAAAAUUAGAAUAUAAUGUUAUUGUGAAAUAUAUUUCCUGCUACAAAACUUACCAAUGCAAAAAAGAAUGAUUUUUUUUUUUUUUUUUAAAUCUCCUACGUGCGAAGUUUGUUCUUAUUCUUGGCAUUUGAUAGGGAAGCAGGAUGAUUUUUUUCAGGUUUUUCUUUAUCAACUGGUGUUACCUCUUUUGCUCGUAGAGAUGAAUAUUUUCAAAUGGUUUGUUCCACUCUUCUUGGUCAAGUGUACACUUAAAUACAUAUUCUAAAAAAGCGGAGAAAUAUUUAGAAUGCUCUAAUACGCUACUGCAUCAUCCAUUUAAAAAGGACAUUUGUUUUAAAUUUUAUAAUUAUGGAUGAGCAACACAUAAUGGAUCAAGGCCCCGAUUAAUAUUGUUAAUGUAUUCCAGUUGUCAUCCCCUACUAAAAUACUUGCUUUUAAUAUAUUGAUUCUGGGGAUAAUUGUAUCAGUUGCCUUACUAAUGGUACCAGUGCCUUCAGGUGAGUUUGUUGCUGACUUUGUUGGAAACUGGCUGUGAUUUGUUGUACUGCCUUUUGAGUAUGUAGCUUCUUAAUUGUUGUAGUACCUUCAUGUUCAUCAGUGGGGUGGAUGGAGGUUCCUCCUAUUUAGGUUCUGUUCCUACCAAGUUGUGCUUUUUCUCCUGACUAAUUCUCUGCAUUCCCUAUCAUUUUUGUUGAAGAAUUUUUGGACACAGAGAACCUGAAUAUUGGUUGAAACUUCCAUAUACAUACACCUUGUUGUAAUUUAGUUUUAAAUAGUUUUCGUUUAGAGACUGUUUGGACCCUGAUGCACAUGCAGUUGGUUUAUAAAUUUAUUCUUUUACCUUAUUUUAAUGCCCUCCCAAGUGAAGACAUUUUGUUAUAAAUCCCUUUAGAGAAAAUACAUAGUAGCAUUUAUUAAUCAUCUGAAUGUCUAUGUUAAUUCACAAGUUGGGUAGAAUGAGCAAAGGAUAAUUAAAACAAGCACACCUAGAUUAAAGGGUAAUAAACAGAUGAAUGACGUUUUUAGGUACUGCUGUUUUAUUCUCAAGUACGUGAUCUGUUUCAGUCUAGGCUAAGAAAUACAUUCAGUAUGUGUCUAAAAAUAAUUUUCAGUUCUGGUUAUCCACUGCCCCCCGAAAACAGAAACUGAAUUCUAUUGAUUGAAUGUAGCUUUACUCCUCACAUUUGGAAAAAGACGGUUUUCUAAAAGUUCUCUUUACUUAUUCAGGGUAUGACAGGUCUGGGCUGUGGUUGCAAGGAUUAGGUAAGACAUUGCAAAGUUUCUUGUGUGCAGGAAGGUAACAAUGUGAAGGAAGUUGAGGACAAUUUCUGUAGCUCAGUGAGGUGAUACUCAUUUUGCUGUCUCUUACUGAGAUACAGAAUGCUGUGUGUGUUAUCUGGCAAGAUGACUGCAGUUUUUGUGGGACAUCUUUCAUUGAUCUUGUUGUGAAAUGUAUUCUAGUAAUUUGAAGAACUGUUUGCCACAUGCUGUGUGUGAACAGGAGCAAGUAAGAUCAGCUGAUGUUCUUGUUUGAGAUUACAGCAUUUUAUAUCAGAGAAAGAACCUAAGAAUACCUAAAGCUUCCUUUUUAUUUUAAUCUGUCUGGCUUUUUCUGUUACUAAACUGCCAAAGGGUAUUUGUGAAAGAAAGGAAUGUGACCUUAACGGGAAGCUUUAUCUCUUAAUUUUGUGUCAAAAUUUAAUUCCCUAUUGCUGUUAAUCAGGCACAGGUCUAAAAUAACUAGGACAUGGUCUACAAACUAGAAUAGAAUUAGUUGCUUUUAUUUUGUUAAACACUUGUUUUACCAUUUUGCCUCCAAAGUUUGGAUGAUUAAUUAGGAGAUGAACAAUUGGUGGUUUUUGGCUUUUCUCUUCUGCUUUGUGAUUCUGUCUUUCCUUUUCCCUCAAGAUAAGACACUGAAGUGUUUUCUGUAGUUCCCUUCAAGCAUAUAUAGCAUCAUUAUGUAGCAUCAAAGAGCAAAACAAGACUAAUAUUGAAUCUAAACUUUCUUGUUACCCACAAGUGAUUGUUGGGCAAGUGAACAAUCAUUAUGUCUUUUGAGAAUUUACAAACCUGCAGAAAUUCUGGUAUUUCCCAGAAUUUUUGUUGAAUAUAAAAACCUAAAAAUGUACUGCACUCUUACAGAAAUAUACUUGAUUGCUGUCCAGUUCCAGUAAGUCAUUUGUUCUGCAUUAAGAAAUUUAAUUCCUUAUUCUUUAGCAUUUUAAUUCUAUUACUUGCUGCAUACAUCCAUUGUUAAUCUUUGGGUGUGGAUGAAUGCAAGUGGUAAACAUCAUUAAACCUCCUCUUUCACAAGAACAGCUUCUUUAUUCAAAGGGUUCAAGCUUCAUUAUUUUCCUUGCUUGUUAAUGUAGCUUUGGAAGUAGUGUGGUAUUAAGAAAAAGAAGAAGCUCGGGGUGUAACUCCAGGGAAUAAACACAUAUAUAGGUGAGCCACCAGUGAAUGUUCUUUAUUUGUCUUAUCUUCAGUAAUAAAAGAAUAUAAGCAAUAAACCCAAGCUAUAAAACAGAAUUCUCUCAUUACAUUGGAUAGUUCUAGAAAGUUUUUAGGGAUACUUUUUUCCUGAGGCAAUAAAGACUGUUUACAUCAAAAUUGCUGUGGUAAUUGCUAAAGCAAUGCUAUAUCCUGUCCUGAUACACUACAGAAAAAAAACAAACCUACAACUGAGCUUGAAGAGAAAAGGUUCUCUAGGGCAGUGAGGAAGCAGCUGAGGAGUUCAUGAGAGGACUUUGCUGAGCACUGUGCUGAGGGUCUGCCCAGAAUAAUCUUUCUGACAGAUUUUAAUUAAUGCCAAUAAAAGUUAACAGAUAAAUGGAUGAAUAUUUUCAUUGUUCAGAGCUGAAGCUUAGUUUCUGACCUUAAAGAAUGUCUGUGCAGUCCAGUUUGGUAUACUUCUGUGGGGAGUUAAGUUGUUAGGGUAUCCGAUCAGGCAUUACAGAAAAAAAAUACUCAAGUUCCUUUUCUUGAUAGCAACACAUAGCCACUUGGAUCAUAACACGUAUUUUCUAAGUGCUAGGAAAACUGAAGUAAUCUAAUUUAAAGGUUGUGUGUUCCACCCUCAGUGUAAGGGAAAACAAAUGUCUGGAGCACAGAGCUUUACACAUUGCAAAAUGAAAUAAAUAUGUCGUGGCUACAGGAUGCCUUUCAUUCUGUCUUUGAAAAUAAGCAGAUGCUUAAAUGAGCAAAAGCACUUGUCCUGUUCCAGUGUCACCCGAGUUAGCAGUAAUGCUUCUGCAAGUUUUCUGUGGCUUUCUGUUCUGUAAGGGGCACUGGCAAUUUUAUAAUCAUUGUGUAUGAAAGAAUUAACAGUGAAUAUUCCUAUUACUGCUUUAUGAUGAUCUUAAAUAGUAAGUGGUAUGUGCAAGCUGUCAAGAAAAUUUAAAAGGAUUUGGCAAUUUUAAAGUCCUUGGUAUUUUGGCAUAUGCAGGUAGCUCUUGCUUUUCCUCGGUUCUCUAGUAUAUUAGACUAUACACCUAAAAACAUGUAAUCAUCCUUUCAUGGAUGAAUUUUAGGGGUUUUUUAAUUGUCCUAAUGUGUUGACAUUUUUUUGUAGAUUUGGUAGUUGGAAAACAUUUUGGUGUCACCGUUUGAUUUCCUUCCUGUUAGUGAUUUGGAGGAAGACUGUCCUGAAUGUGGCUAACUUUUCUUUUUAUUAUGGAGCAAAACAGGAUCUGAAUUUUACUUAUUGUAUAGAGAUUUUUUUUUUUUGUUCUUGACCAACAUUUUGACUUCUUGCAAGGAUUGAUGAGGGAGGUAUUUUUGCACUCAAAGUCAGCUAUGCAGUACUGACUUCUUAUGGGUUUUUGCACACGUGUUUUAGGUAGAAUGUGGACUCUGUGUUUUGCUUUAAUACUGUGUGAAUAGCUUCAAUAUCUCCAAACCAAUUUUAGCAAAUUUUGCAGGUGUUUUCCUCAACUGUUAUUGCAUAAAUAAAUAGCUAAAAAAGUUUACUAUGUCAGAAUAUACUUUCAAGUCAUGGGGUUUUUUUUUUUGGAGCAGCCGUGAGACUCUAGGUAGGAUCCCAGCCAUGCCUCCAGUUUGUCACUUUUAAGGAAUCAAAGAAAUAUCUUGGCAUGAAUGAUGUGCAUUGCCUUACUCCUGUGAUCUUUCUUCCCUCUGGAAGUCUGGAAAAGUAGCAGAAGCUUGUCAGUGACCCUGCAGGCUAUUACUGAAAAUAAGGUGUGAUUUUUUUCAGUUUGAAAAUGGAGGAGACAGAUGCAAGCAACUGUUCAGUACAAAAAUGGGAAGAGCAGUGUAUCUUUCACCAUUUUGCAUUUUGGUGUUAAUUUUAAAAGUAGUGAGAAAGAACCUUUGCUUUUUGAGCUAGGUUUUUCUCCUCUUUUUUUUUUAAUUAAUUUUUAAUUUUAACUGAUUAUUUAAUUUUAACUGAUUACUUAAUCAGGGCAGAAACUGUCAUCGCCAGCCAGAGCAACCUCAGACUUCUUGCAUCUGGUACGGUGAAACCCUGGAAAUUCUGACUCUGCUGCCAGCUCCACUGUACCAUUUGGAAUUGUUGAGGACUUAGCUUUGUCCUCUGUUUUAUCUUGACUUUAUUUUUGUGGAUUCAUUAAAAUAUUGGGACAUAAAGGUCAUUUUUAAAAUGUAUCAGCUCAUUGAAUUAGGUAAUGAAUGAGUGUUGAUUGAGGGGCUUUAGAAAACUUGACAAAUCCCAUGGUGCAGCGAUAUAGCCAAGCCAGUUUUCCAGACAAAUUGUCCUGGUGUCAGAUUAUAGUCAGUGGAUCAUCAGGAACUCAUACUAACUGCUACAGCUGAAGUCCUCAUCUAUUAGUUGCUGGGGGAUGGUGUUGGUGUCAACUUCACUGAGGCCCAGACUGUAACCUUCACCUUUGGGCCUUACCAAGGUAGUGAAGGACUAUCUUGAAAUAUAUCUCUGUUUUAGUUGGCUCUGGUGGCAAAUCAGGAAUUUCCUCUGCUGCUGUUUGCUGUGUGUGUGAAGUCAUUUGGAAAAUUAAAUAUCCUUCAAUCCCCUUUACAUUGUGUGCCAGUUCCAGACUGGAAGCAGAUUCCAUUUGUCGGAUAAAAAUUUCUUGCUCCUGUUCUGCUGACUUGGAUCUCAGACUGAUCCAUACAACAUGAAAAAUAUUGUUAGUAGAGGGAAAUCUAGGACAAUUGGGAAGCCUCUCCUUUCUGGUGGUGACUUUAUUCAUUGUUUUGCAUUAGAGAGGUCCUAAUGCAAAGGGCUGAAGUUAGAAUAGCAUAUUUCAGAAGGAGGAACGUGCUUGUUUUAGUCGUUACAAAAGCAGUCAUCUGCCAACACUUUGAGGAAAUGUUAACCUACCAUAGCAUGGCACAAACUAGAAACACUGCAAAAGCAAGGGUUUCCCCAGGUAAACAGCAGUUUGUUAUCCAAAACCCCAAUGAUUAUACCUGCCUUAAAGGCCAGUUGUUCUCUUGCCCUGCUCGUCUUGUUAGACUGAUCAUGAAAAUGAGCAGGAUUUUAAGAGAAAAAUACCAAAUGAUGUAAUAUUUAUGGGGCUAUAAAAUAGUCGUAAUGAGACCAUCAGAUUUUUUAUUUGGAUUUGAAUGUAACAUCAGUUAUGUAAUUUGAAAUUUUGUAAAGCAAGAGAUUAUUAUUUUCAGUCACCAAAGAAGAGUAAGCCAGAGAGUAAACUUAUUUCCUGGAGCCAUCGGUGGUUUUGAGAGAGAUUUUAAAGCUUUUAUUUAGAAGUAUAGGUAAAGUUUGGGAAUAGGUAUAAGGAUUACAUUAUAAAGCCACAAUUUUUAAAAUUUGUAGUCUGCUUUCUAUUCUCUCUGUCAUUCCUCCAUAGACACACAUUAUCUGCUGUAUAAACUCUCUCUUUCUGAAGAUGCUGGAGAUGCAGUGACAGGUUAUGCUCAGUGAAUUUACCCUCACAUCUUGCAUCUCUCUUGUCUUCUGAAGUGUUGCUGCCUCGACAGGUAGCUUUAAAAUAGAGAGAAAGAAGUUGACAGCCAACUUUUUUUUUAGAACAAGAUUAGAAUUUUUAGUCAGGAAAGGGCACUGACAGAUGACUUUUUUUACAUCCUUGAAAGAUAAUACAGUGUCCUGAGUUUACAAGACCUCUCAAAAGUACUAUUUACUCGAAGAGGAAUCUCCAGUGUCACUUCCUGUGUGCAACAGGGCACUUGAAGUGCUACUAAAUAGUGAGUCUGAACUAAAUAAUAGCCAGGUGAGACUAAAGGAGUAGAUUAUAUUCAUUUAUGCACAAUAGAAUAGGUACCUGCUUAUGUAGCUUGAACUUAUAAUUUUUUGUAGAACAACUACAGUGAUCUUCAUAUUAUUAAUCCUGAACUCUGUAACUUUAUGCACCCAAGCAGUGCCAAGCAAGCUUAACAGACAGUGAUUGCUCAAAAUACGCCCUCAAGGUCUGCUUCGAAUGUGUUAAAUUUUUUAUUCCACUUGAUACAUGUUUCUAUGUUUCUGUUUGUUUUUCGUCUAUAGUUAGUAUUCUGGGUGGAUGAAUGAGAAGGGAAAAAAGAGGGAUACACAAGCUGCAGGACUUGUAGCAGCUUUGUCAUAAAUAUUCUUUCUUCUCUAUUUAACCUGGACUUUCCCAUCACAAGAAGCAUUCUUAGAAUCAUUUAUGACCAGUGCAAUACAAGGGAGAAGGAACUGAGGAGAGAAACAGGCUCUGACUUCAGUCUGGAGAAGCCAGUUUGCUCUUUGCAGUGCAAAGACCCAAAUGCCCAUUCAGUGCUGUGCCAAUGCUGUGUAGGGACAUCUGUGCCCUGGGGAAGCUGAAAGCACCAUGGCUGUGUCAGUAAAGCAGUCCAUUCUGGUCACAAUGCCCAAGAAAGAGGGUGCAUCAGUAAGGAUGGAGAAAUAUGUCAGCCUCUCCAAUUCUCUUCCGAACUUCUGCAGCAUUGUGAUGUGCUCUUUGGACUGUUCAGUGGCUCCUACUCAGCUUUACUUUAACAAGAGUACAUAUCAUUUUCUUGCAAUUCCAACCUGUAUUUGCCUGCAGUAAACAGAACUUGCCAGUGCAGCACAGCAGUGAUGCUGAGUUGUAGCCUCAUGCACCAGAUGAGCUCUGAUGAAACAUAAAUGCCUGAAGUCUUCAGUGGUGCUCAGAGUUGGAAGACUCAGACAGUCAUUGUGACCCUGAUUGUCUUUUCAUACGUAACCACGAGCAGUGUUGGACAGGCACCUUUCACUUUAUAUUGCUUUGGUUCUUUAACUGUUGUACUCACAGACAGCAGGAAUGCCUGAGACUCUUUCAUUGCUGUGUAAAUCUAGUUUCCAUAGCUGUAGUAGCUGAGAAUGGUGCCCUGAAGGACUUUACUCAGAAUUGUUUAAAUUUGUCUGAAUUACAGCUAAAUUUAGAUAUGGCUCGAGGCUGUUUUGUUGCUUUUUCCAGUUAUUGGCCUGUAACCUUCCUGUUAAUUUGAAGAGUUGCUCUGGCAAAAAUGUUUUCCCAUGAGUUUGCACCACUCUUGAGACAGCCUUACUAAACUGCUCUGAAAAAUACCUGUUCUAUUCUCUGUUGUUUUUUUUUUCAACAGUAAUAUGUUAUCUGCUUUUUAACUUUCUUCUUUAUUCUUUUAUUUGCAGUGAUGUGGUUGCAUGACCUGCAGCAUUAUUAUAACAGGGACUGUUCAGUGCAUGACUUGCUUUUCUGUCCAGACUGCAUAACCAAAACUUAACCAGUUCUACACUUAAGACUCAUGGCCAUCCGAUUUCAAAGGGGGAUCUACUUGCAGAGAAGCUUACCAUCCUGGGAAGUGGCUUUCCCAUUUCCCGCUUCCAUUUACUCUUUCUCUUCACAAAAGGUCUCCUAUGAGGCUAGAAGAGAGGAAAUCCAGUAUUCACAACUCAACAGGAGGCAUUCUGCAAACUGACAGAGCACUGUCAGCUCUCCAUCUUAUUUCCGCCUGUCCACUUUAUUUAAUUCUGAUUAACAGUAUUAACACACAGACUUCCUGCAACAUUUUCAUAUACUGAACUAUAAAAAUCUAGUCUUAAUGAGUUCCUAAAAAGGCCUUUUGGUUACUGUUAAAAUUUCAAAGCACCUGCACCCUUAAAGGAUCCACUUUGAAUCUUUAAAUAAAUAAAGUAAAGCGAAGGAGGUGUUUUACCAGGAGAAAUGACUAAUGAGUUGCUGCUUGGCGAUCCCAUCUUCCUUAGAAAACCAAGCAAGUUUCAUCUGAUAAUCUCCGAGCCAGUCAAACUACCGGGUGGUAUUUUGUUCACAGGCACUGCCUGCUUCCUUAAUAUGUAUAUACACAGUAGUUUGUGGCUGUUGUAUUUUUCUCUCUACAUUGAGCUGUAUUGUUCGUUUAUAUCAGAAACUUUUUUUUUUUUUCCAAUCUGUGUACAAUUGUUAAAACAAUCUGAGGAAAGAACAUGAAUGGAGAUAAGUAUGAAAGUCAUCUACACUUUCAUAUUAUGCAGACUGUCCUUGCCAGUUUAUAAUUUGGGUCGUUUGUCUCUCACCUGUACUGGUUUUUUUCCUUUCCUUUUUUUUUUUCUCCUGUCACAGUCUUAGCUAUUUAAUUUCCAAUUGCACUAGCUUGGCUUUUCUUUGUAUUAUGAAGUUUAGCUAUAAGAUUUGCCAUAUGUAGACAGUGUAACUCAAAAUGCUUUGUACUGCCUAUAUUAAUUUAAAAAGCUGCUUAUUUAAUAUUCUUAAAGAUCUGCACAUUUGUACUACUGUAUCUUUGUUUUGUAUUGGACAUCCAGUACUGGCAAGAUUCAGAAGACGAGGGAGUGCUGUAGUGUUGUAAGUUAAGAGGUUUAUUGUGUAGAAGUUAGUACAUAACAAACAGGGAAAGGGGCUUUCAAGCCGUAGGACUUGCUGGAAAAUCUGAAAAGAGUCUGAAUGCUGAGAACGUUAAGUCCAGUUCUAGGGAAACCCCAUUCUUGUUCACCUGGAUCUUAAUCUGCAGAAACCCAAGCAUGAUAUGUACUCUGCUGCCUCCAGGAAUGGUUUUGCUUAUUUAGGCGGUAGCAGAACCACCAGCCCUGUUUUCCAGGCUGAAGAAGUGUUGUGUCCACUCAUCUCCGCAGUCCCUUCUGGUCACAAACUCAGUUCCUGCCUCAUCCCUGGCCUGUCAAACAGGGCUCUGGACAGAGCCGGAGCUUGUGCGCCGAGACACCUGCCUGUGCUCAGUCCUCAGGGAUCCUGAUCCCACAGAGUCAGUGGGCUCGUGCAGGAUGAUGUGGAGGAAGGACAGACUGUGUGCCCCCCCAGAGGGGCUGUGGUUGGUGCUGCCUGGCAAAGGGAAGGGCAGGUAGGAAUGGGCUCCAAGCAGACCAGGCAGGACAGCGAAGGAUAAGCAUUAAGAUCCCAGUGAGAACUGUGUGGUGUUUUCCCUUCUGAAUGCCAUACCUGACAGGUGAGCCUGUGGCUACCAGGUGCUCUGGCUGGCAGCUGUCCGUAAAGACUUCAGAUGGGGAUAUGUCUUUCCUGGUCCACCAGGGCCAGGGACAGUGAAGUCUGACGUGACCUGCAGCCAGGAUCUGGGGUUUGGUGAUAACGAGUCAGCUAUUCCUACAGCAGAGGCAGCAGCAUUUCGUCAGACUGAGUCAGCAGAUUUGUGUCCUUCCAGGUCCUAGCCAUUGAUCCCUUGUUAUGUGUCAGGGCAAGCAUUACUAGUAAAACUUCUUUUAGUUGGGUGUUAAAGGCAUGGUAUGUUUUUCAUUUGCAAGUGCUGCUCCGGCUGGGACCACACCCUGCCCCAAGCCAGGCUGGGUGCAGGAUCCCUGAAAUCAGGGCUCUGUGCUGGGCGGGAGGGGAUGCUUUUUUUUGUGCACCCGCCUGCACAGGUGUCCCAAUGUGAAGCCGAGCAGUACCUCAUUUCUCCAAGUGGUCUGUGCAGAUUAGAGACUAAAUAUCAGUUGUUCUUGAGCCUUGAUGACAUUUGUAUGUAAGUGUGUUUAGCUUGACAAAAGUUGUUUGAGUUUACUAAUGCAACAGAGAGAUGUCAGGUGAAGCCAGUAACUUUCAGCAAGGAGCUGGCUACUUUAAUUAGAUUAGCCUGGCAUCUCUGUCAUGAAGUGGUUGCAAGCUCUCAACUCAGAGGUGAUCUCCAGCAUGUCUCUGAUUACUAACUUCAUUUGUGCUGCAUAGAAAACUCUCUUACCUUCUUAAUAGCGGCUUGUUUGACAGUCCUGAAUUAAAUGUUGACCAAUUAUCAAAGUAACUGUUUGUGAAGUUGCCAGUGAUAUAUUUUCUGUAAAAAAAUGGAUUCGUAGAGUGUCAAAACAUUAAUUUCCCAUUUGAGUUCAUCAACAAAUUGUGUAACUACCAGAUUGUCAUGGUAGCAGUAUUAAUAUACAUACCUGUAUAUAGACAAAAAAAGUACUCAGUAAUGAUAAUUGGAAUCAAAAGGUUUAAUAUUUUUUCCCAGUCAAAUACACUAAUGCUUCAAAGGUGAUAGAAGAGUGUACAGUUGUUAAACAAGUUGUAAAUAAACGCUUAUAUAAAA